AUGGACCAAGGCAAAAGUGGCGCAAAUAGGGGCGCCAGCACCUUGCCAUCGCCGCCGCCUACACGAGCCACACACACACUGGCCUCUGCGGCCACCACGCCCGCACCACAAAGAGCCUUGCUUAACAGCGCAGACUUCCUUUCGAGCCCAAAUUCCAUUGUCUCGGCCACGCCGCCAAGCGCCUUCAGUCCCGCCCUCGCCUCGCCCUCGCCAGCGUCCACCUCGCCAGAGACCGACGCUCCAUUUGACCCCAUCGCCACGGCCAAGAAGCCUGCCAACGCCGACACCGACACUCGCUCGCUCUCUGCUGCCGACUCCCUCCCGAGACAAACUCCCCCCUCGGCCGCUGUAGAUCCUGCCGGCCGCCAAGGGCCCAGCAGGGCGCCUGCUGCCGGCAACCUCAGCGACCUCAGCACCACGCUAAACCCCAUUCCAGAGUCGGCUGCCAUUACUCUCGAGGACUGCCAGCGCUCAAUUCCAGCCCCGGCAACCCCAGCACAAGACGCUGGCACGAGCCCACCAGCGCCUGGCUCCGAGACCAGUGUAACAGACGACUGCAAUCUCAGCCCGAGUCAAAGACCCCAGCUGGUCCGCCCCAAAGCUUCGCGGCCGCACCGUCUUGGCCAACUGACCGACGCCCCAUCAUCCCCUUUCACUGCGUCGCCGACCGCUAUCACCCCGAUCCGCGACCCCCUGAAAUUCUCCAGCCUCUCACGCGCCUCCUCGACCCGCAGCGUCUGCAGCAACGCCCCGCUGCAACACCCGACCCCCGAACUCAACGCACGGUCUGGCGCCUACACGGGGAACAUCGCCGCCCUCGAGGCCUCCGCCGAACGCCUGUCUAUGACCUCGUCCAUUGAGGACGCCAUCCGUGACGCACACGCCCAGCUCAAACACUCCGACAGUCAGCGGUCGGUUGCACUAGCAAACAGCCUGAGGAACGUCGACGGGCCGUCGGCACCGCCCAUCGUUACGCGGCAGCUCUCAAUCGUCAGCCUCAACAGUGCCGCGCGCUCUGGCGGAUACUCGCCCGGCGGCUACGUCAUGUCACCAAACCACUCGCUCUCCAAUUCGCGUCUGCGCUCCGCUAGCACUGCUAGCAAGGGCGGACUACCCGUGGUUGCUGGUGGCGUCAUACCCGAGAAUGGGGGUCCUGUCGAGGACCUCGUGCCCGCGAUGCCGCCCAUUAUGCCUCGCCAUGGCCCUGGCAAGAGCUCGGUCCGCAGUGUUAGAUCCAGCAAGCUCUCGCUCGCAGAGAUCGCCGAGGUGGAGCCGCCCGUCACUCUCACACAUGACGCUCUAGACCAGGCCGACCGUCUCCCCGAUUUCGAUGACGAGGACGAUGCAGUCCGUCCCGGCGUGCUGAGGGUCGCCAAUAUGGGGCCCGAUCAGACCACACCAAACGCAAAUCGCUGGGAAGAGACCACGUCCACAGCCCCCGGGGAGGCGUCCGACUAUGCUUUUGGCCACUCGUCAGGGCAGCACCAACAGCCACCCAACAACCGCCCUAAAUCCACCGACACGACCAACACGGUUGACCCGCAGAACGCCUUUGGCGACUUCGACGGCGUGCACUGCGACCCUGACCACGUCGACCACGUAGACUUUGGCACCCUCCCGCCCGUUGAUUUUGGCCCGCAAUACGGCCAGCCGGACGACCAUUAUGGCCAGCAACACCCACAUGACUACUUGGGGCAGCCGCAGGGACACGAGCACCAUUAUGACCAACAGCACCAGGAGCCACCACCGGCUGCGCCACGGCCUCAGGGGCACCAAAGACAUGGGUCAGAGCGGCCCAAAUCGUACUUUGACAUGAACACCGGCCAGGAGAUGCUGUACUAUCCUGCUCCGGUUCCGGCCAUGCUCAACCUUCCCCCGAAGCUUUCGAAGAAGCCCAAGGUGGCGCAGAGGAAUGCUCGCCAAUCAAGAGUCCUCGAGGCCAUGGCCCAACAAGGUCGCGACUCUCGCAUCUGGCUUCCCGAAACACUCGAGACGGGAGACUUUGGCGGCUCGUUUAUGGGUCCCGAGGGCAACGCUCCAUCGCCCGAAAAGUCUCCCCUUGCUGACAUUGACGCCAGCAUGGCCCUGCCAUCCGAUCUCAACAUGUCACAAGAGGCAGGAGCCCAUACCCAUGCUCCGGCGCCACACUAUCCGCAGGAGCUCCGCCGGCCCGCAAAGCUAACCGAUGCAGAGAAGCGAAAGUCUAAGAUGUCGAUGAUGCCGGCCGACCUCCCGCCGCAGCUGCGGGCGUCGGCCUUUUUCGACCUCCCGUCGGCCAACACCACACCUAUCGAGCUCAAGGACGGCUCAGCCAUGAGCACGCUUGACAGCAUCCUGGACGCCUCGGCUAAAGCCCCUGUUAGCGCUUUCACGGACCACACAUUUGCUGGGAAAUUGGGAUCGGAGGUGUACGGGGCCGAGAAGAAGAAGAAGAAGAAGACCAAGAAGGCAGCGAACAACGCUUCCGGAAGCAUCAAGGCGCCCGACAGUGACAAGGCCGGCAGCAUGUCUACCGUGCGCGAGGACAACAAGACCCGAGCCUCGAUCCUCGGACUUGUGGGCGUUGGCAAGCGUCACAGCAACGACUCUGGCGAGCGCUCUGGGCUGCCAGGGUCAGGGGGUAAGGACUCAGACCCGCCCACGGGCUCCCGAAGGGACGAUCCGGCGGCUCUCGACGGCGGCCUCCUUUCCCCGAACUCAAUGAUGGCGCCGGACGACGACGAAAAGGCGUCUUCGGACGAGGAGGAGGAUGAGGAGGACGAAGGCGAGGAGCUCUACCAGGGACCACCAACCACCCUGCUCGCAGAGCUCCAGAUUCGGAAGCAGCGGGCCAAGAUGCGCACUCAGCUGCCGGCGCAGGCCUACUCUCACGGCAUGCACACGACAUUGCUCGAGCUCGACGCCGUGGCCGAGGUGGAACGCAAGAACCGCAAGGGCAAGCGUGUGAACCUGGCGUGGGAAGAUCCUGCCCUAGCACAGGAUGAUGAGGAUGAAGACGAGGACGUGCCCCUGGCCUUCCUGCAGGCUGUUCGCGCCAACCCCAAUGCCGACAUCUCGGUCGCAGUCGCCGAGGUGCACCGCCCUCUGGGGUUGAUGGAGCGGCGUGACCAGGAGGACAACGAGCCUCUCAGCCGCAGGCGUGAUAGGCUACAGGGCUACGCUCCCGAAGUUCCCCAGGGUGUUUAUCUGAACCAGGUCCAGCAGACGCGAGCGGCAAGUCAGAUGGGCUUCGUGCCGUCCAUGUCGGCCUUGAACCUGAGCUCCAACAACCUGCUGAACGGCCACAACCGCGGCAUCUCGUCAGCGUCACGUCUAGGGCUGCAUCAGCCGCCGCCAUUGUCACCGCAGCAUCCAGGUGACGGCCCUCAAGAGCCAGCAGAGGAGGAGAUCGAGGACGAGCCGCUGGGCGACCGCAUGCGACGGCUCAAGGCUCGUGACGACAAGGACAACCUGCUUCCCCUGGCCAGGCCUGUUAGCCGCGCCUUCUCUGUCGAGAUUCUCAGCCAGCUCGGUGAUCUGAAUCACGACGAGGAGGCAGAAGCCGGCAAGAACAAGCGCAAGAGCGUCCUAACCAAGAGCAAGGAACCUCCAAAGACGGCCUCGUCGACUGGUGGCUCUUCCAAAUCUGCAGCUGCCCCAGCAAAGGGAGGCGAAGUCGAGGAGACGCUUGGCCAGAGAAGAAGGCGGCUUCAAGCCGAAAGAGAGGCCCGCGAGCGCGAGAUGGGCAUUCUCGGAGGCGGCAACGGCAGCGGCCUGGAUCUCUCGCUUGGCGCUGGUCUUGGCCUGUCUGGCAACGGCACCAUGCAGCACUCGCGUGCGCCAUCCAAGCCUAUGGGCAUGGCAGACAUACUCGGCGCACACCCUCUAGAACGGCCCAUGGGUACCAUGGACCCGCGUGAGGCGGAGCGGCGCCGCAUCGAGACCGAGGCAGAGCGGGCGCGCCUCGAGACGGAGGAGAAGAUGCGGCGCAUGCGGGCUGAGCUGGCGCAGAUCGGCGGGACCGCCCCCGGCAGCUCUGGCCAGCCGCAGUCCACCAUCAGGGCCGUGGGUGGCAACAUGAGCAGGAGUAUGGGCAUGGGGCCCAGUUGGCAGAUGGGUGGAAACGCCGCGGCUCCGAGCAAUGGUUACGGCAAUACCCAAGGCCUACUGCACCAACAACGGCCCGGACUGCAGCACCAUAUGGCGACUGGCAGCGUCAGCCAUACGCAGAUGCUGCAGCAGCGCCAGCUGCAACAGCAGUUCCAGCAGCCUGGCCUCAACGGCGGCCUCGUCGGCUCCGCUGGCAACUUUGGCCCCGAGGCCCAGCAGGCCCAACCUGGGCUCAUGUACGGCGGAGCCCCGGCUGUCGGCGCCUAUGGUGCCUAUGGCGGCGCGGGCCCCAUGCCUAUGCCCAUGCCCGUGCAGAUGGGUAUGCAGAUGCCCAUGCAGGUGCCCGGCCAGCAGACCGAUAUGGUUGAGCGCUGGAGGCAGGGCGUCAUGCACUGA